AUGACCUACCAUCUUCUAUGCCGAUGGCAAACUGAAUUGGAGUUCUUCUUAUAUCAGUUUUGCAAAACAUCAGCUCCUGGGCUUAUUGAUGACUGCCAUUGGUCUUGUCCAGAGGCUGCAGAGUUAACCCGGCUUUCCGAAGAAAUAACCGAAUUCUUUUGUUUUCAUCAUAAGACGAUCUUCAAAGAGUGCGGUAUAUCAGAGCAAGAGAGGGAGUCAUUUUGCUGUGAGUUGCAGGAAAUUCGGCAAAUUCGUCAUUUUGCUGUUCAUCGAGUCGAUGUGAAUGCGGCAACCACCAAAAAGUAUGCGAAAUACGCGCUCAAUGUACUGAGCACAAUUAAACGUCUAGGAGGGCAAGACUUCGAGAAAGAUCAUGGCGAAGCAGUAUGUCCAGUUCCAUUUUCCUCUCACUACGAUAAUCGCUCACCUCGGUAUGAGUUGCAGUUGGACCGUUUUGUCAAUAGUUUUUGGGAAACAGAAGGGCAUCUUGUAUCGCAGACGUCUUCUCACGAUUAUCCUUCUCGGCAUACAGAGCAUCAUAUUGAACAUAAUUCAAGAGAAGCGGAAGGGGCAAGAUUGAGAGAAACCCAGCGAGCUGAGCACAGUCAAAAGCAGCAAGAUGACACUCAGCCCAAGAAAGCCAAGCAGGCUGAACACAGUCAAAAGCAGCAAGAUGACACUCAGCCCAAGAAAGCCAAGCAGGCUGAACACAGUCAAAAGCAGCAAGAUGGCACACAGCCCAAGAAGGCCAAGCAGGCUGAACACAGUCAAAAGCAGCAAGAUGGCACUCAGCCCAAGAAGGCCAAGCAGGCUGAACACAGUCAAAAGCAGCAAGGCGAAUCCCGACCCAAGAAACAUGUGAGCACAGUUAAUAUUCAGAAACUUUGUGCAUCCUCCAAUAUAUACAAGGGGGAAAGCAAAACCCGCACUCACACAACUUGA